CUUCCAGGCGUGGGGGCGCUUCCCGCUCCCGCUCCCGUGUGGUCCCGGGGAUCUUGAGGAGCGCCGAGCCUUCCCUGCCCCAGAACUUUCCACAGAUCCAUCGCAAGGUUUAAAGGCAGCUCUGAGGACCCAGGAGUGAAGCAGCAUGGACGCAGUCAGCCAAGUCCCCACAGAAGUUGUGCUUCCCAAGCACAUCCUGGACAUCUGGGUCAUUGUCCUCAUCAUCCUGGCCACCAUUGUCAUCAUGACCUCCUUGUUGCUGUGCCCAGCCACUGUGGUCAUCAUCUAUCGUAUGCGGACACAUCCUAUCCUCAGCGGAGCUGUCUGAGAAACUACAAAGAGGGCCAGGCGAGGGAUGAGGACAGGACUCCCUUCCCAGCCCUGUCCCUGUUCUCAGAAAAGCAGCAUCAGGGACUCUGGAGCUUAGACCUCAGUUCUGGUUUUGAUGCUGCCACUGACCAGCUAUGUGAAUUUGGUCAUGGGGCCUAACUCUAUGAGUUCCAGGUUCCCCAUCUUUCACUGGGGUAUGACGAUCCCUGCGCUUUCUACCUCACAGGGUUGUAAAAACCAAAGCACUUAGUGGAGCUGAAAGCUGUGUGAGCAGUAAAGUCACCACAAAUAAAUAAGUGUAAUGAUGAAUGCUGAGAAACUUCAAAGAACCAAAGAACCUAAUUGCUGGUGAUGGCCUCAAAGGUGGUGAGGGACACCCUGGGUCACAGCAGCCUUUGCUAGUGCCCCUCAGGUCAAACCAUGCCAAGGGCACCCUGUCCUCAUUCCAAGGGGCCAACAGUACAUUGGCUCAGUUAUUUUCUUUAAGGUGGCAUUCCCUGUAUUUUCUCAGUUGGGAGGGAACUGAGCAUGGCAGGGGUAAGGAGAUCCGUAGGACUUUCUAGAACCUUCUCUGUGCCAGAAUCUCUGUCUCUAAGUCUGGAGGAGGGCUCUGCAAUCUAUCUGUUGGCAGUGACAAGGGAGCCGGGGUGAUGGGUUUCUUUCUGCACUGUCUCAUGUCUCUGCUAGCUUUGACACUCAAGCAAUGUUGGAACAUGCAGAGUGGCUGAGUUCCUUACCACUGGAGCUUUGAGGAUCUCCAGUCCCCAGCCCCUCCUUGCCCCUCUGCCCAGCUCCUGCUACAGGGAGCUUCCCCCGCCACUCUCUUUCCAUUCCUAGCAAUGUAGCCAAUCCAAGGUCCUUACGUGUUAAGAGAUGUUCCCAGGAACCCAGGUGUUUGGAACCAACUCAAAGCAAUGAUAGUUAUUUUAGAUGCUAUGAUUUGUAUUUUUAGAGAGAUAUUUCUGGACCACGCAAGCUCUUUGAUAUCAAAAUCAAGAGCACCUUGGGAUUUAUUAAAUUAUGUAAGAAGAUGGCAUAGAUACCAGGAUAUUAUUGUGCAAAAAUGAAGCUUUUAACUUUGAUCUGAUUUCACUGAUGUGCACAGCCAAUUUCCAAUAAAGUGUUAGAAUGAG